AUGGACAACAAAGGUUCAUCACAGAAAGCAGGGUCACUCCUGCUCCUGCUGUUGCUGGUGUCAAAUCUGCUCUUGUGCAAGAGUGUGGCCUCCCUUCCCAUCUGUCCCAGCGGGGCUGUCAACUGCCAGGUGUCCCUUCGAGACCUGUUUGACCGCGCAGUCAUCCUGUCCCACUACAUCCAUAACCUCUCCUCGGAAAUGUUCAACGAAUUUGAUAAACGGUACGCCCAGGGCAGAGGGUUCAUUACCAAGGCUAUCAACAGCUGCCACACCUCCUCCCUCUCCACCCCUGAAGACAAAGAACAAGCCCAACAGGUCCAUCAUGAAGUCCUUCUGAGCAUGAUCCUUGGCGUGCUGCGCUCCUGGAAUGACCCUCUGUACCACCUGGUCACUGAGGUGCGGGGUAUGCAAGAAGCCCCAGAGUCUAUCCUAUCAAGAGCCAUAGAGAUUGAGGAACAGAACAAACGACUUCUAGAAGGCAUGGAGAAGAUAGUUGGCCAGGUUCAUCCUGGAGUCAAGGAGAAUGAGGUCUACUCGGUGUGGUCGGGACUUCCAUCCCUGCAGAUGGCCGAUGAAGAUACGCGCCUUUUUGCUUUUUAUAACCUGCUCCACUGCCUACGCAGGGAUUCACAUAAGAUUGACAGUUAUCUCAAGCUCCUGAAGUGCCGAAUCAUCUACGACAGCAACUGCUAA